AAAGUUGUUGUAUUUGGGGAAUUAGAGAAAUUUUCAACAUUAUUUAGGAAAAGCAUUCAUGAUAAUAAGUUAAUUAACAUCAAAGAUAAGUGGUCUGAAGAUAGAAUAGACAAUAGUACAUGCACACACCCAACCCAACUGACUUCACCUCACCUAUGGCUUAACUUUGCCACUUUAGAGAGAGAAACCCAUUGCCAUUUGUUGAGCUUUCAGCAGAAUUCGGCUUCAAAAACCAAGAUUUUUUCACUUAUUUUUUUUUAUAUAAUCAUAUUUAUUCACACCUUUUUGCUCAGUUUUGUUGUUGUUGGGUUGUGAUUUUGCACUGAAAUUUCUGGGCUUUUCGGCAAAUUCGAAGAAAAAAAUUACCCAAUUUCUGAAUCCCUAAUUCAUACCAUUUGGAGCUCAAUUUGCAUGUUAUUUUGGGAUUUCUCUUAAAAAGGGUUUGAGAUGCUUUACAAAGAUUUUGAAUCUGACCUUUUCAAUGUUGCAAGCUGGAGGGAAGGUGCAUUCUAGUGAAAUGAAAAUAGCCUAAGACCAGAAAUGAUGUUCAGCCAGGAUAUCUUUGAUAUAGGAGAUGAUGGCUUUGAGGACUCAAAUGACGAGAUCCGCAUUUCCCAGGAGGUGUUCUAUGGAAAUGCUGCGGUUGCCUGUAGUAAAAAAUGUGAGAUUCCUGGAGUUACCAGCUCCUUAAAGGAGCAUGAUGAAAUGCUAGAGAUUUCACCUAGUUCUCACAGUGAAAACUCGGCCGUAACCCAUGAAGCUUCCUCAAAAGAUCUGAGUCAGAAGGAGGCUGCUUCUGAUGAACUCCAAAGGGACUUUCAAGCAAUAAGCUCCACAGAAGGAUCUAUUCUGAAUGAAAGGAUUGAUCAUGAUGUUCAUGCAAAGCGGAUGAGAUAUUCAGUGAAUGAGCUGUCUAAUUUUAAACCUUACCUUGAUAAGGCUGUGGCUUCAUCUGUUCCGCUGAAGCAAGUUGUUUCUGAAACUUAUCAUCCUGUGUUGCCUUCUCCCUGCCAAAUUCUUAUGUGCCAUGUGGUUGAAUCGUGCUGUGAAGGCGUGACAUCUAGUUGUUACCUGUUAAAGCAAUAUUCUGAAUCAGACCAAGAUGGCAACUUAGGAGAUAGCGUAACUCUUAAUGGUAGCUUGUCAGGCUUGGAUGGAAGUGAAGUAAAGCAAGUUGGUUGUAGUAAAUCUAUAGCCUCACCAAUUUCCCAGGAAAGUUCUGCUACCAAACUUUUGGCCCCCAGCCCCACGGCCGUUGCAGUUAGUGAGUGUGGGUCACUAGAGCGUGCUGACAUAAGUACUAAAAAUGCUGCAACUUAUCUUGAAUGCGAAGAUGAUGAAAUAUUGAAUUGUGACAACAUGAAGGAUGCCCACGCUAUUCUUCGUUCCCGAGUAUACCUAUUGCUUGAAAAAGCUGGAUGGUCUCCUGAGAAGCGAAUAAGAAAUGAUGGGAGGAACAGAUAUGUUUACCGAUCACCAGAUGGAAAGCUUGUUCGUGAAUUUUCAAAAGUUUGGGACUUGGUUGGUCAGAGAUUAUUUGCCUAUGGCAACAGUAAAGUGACAGUAAGUGACAAAGAGUGGACUAAUGUUCAUCAGUUCUGCUCUGAUAUGUAUGAGACACUAAGGUAUAUUGAUAGUAUAAUGCCCGAUGGGAAGCCUAAGUGUUCAUUGAGUUGUCAAUGGAGACUUCUGGAUCCCUUUGUGAAUGUGGUUCUUGUGAACAGAAAGAUUCAUGCACUCAGAGCUGGAACUGUAGUCAAAGCAAAGCAAAGUUAUGUACCUGACGUGGACAGAGAAGGUGGGAUAGAUUUUAGACCAAAAUCCAGGAAAGGUGAUAAGAAGAGGCCUUCCAUGGCCGUUAAUACUGUGGAGACUCAUAAAACCAAAUCAUUUUAUGUUUCUGAAGGACAUAGCAUGCGUCUUGUAAAGACAGUUGCUAACACUGGAAAUCACUAUGUGGGAGCUUGUACAGAUGAAAGUAUGAAUCCAUGUCGCUUAUCAGCAUGUGGUUCUGAUAGCACAUGUUUACAGCAUCCUGCUUAUUUGUAUGAUGUUCCUGUUGGCUCUACUGAGACCCAUGCAAUCAAUAAACAGCCUUUAUCUCAUCCAUGGAAUUGUAUGAGCUCUCCAAGCUUUGAUAAACAUAACCUAAAAUUUAUCAAGGAAGGCUCCAAAGAAUCGUCAGUUUGUUUGUUGGAGGAAGGAGCUGAACCGUCGGAAAGAUCUGUCAUUAAUGCAGGACUGAAGAAAAUGGACUGUGAAACUGAAGGGUUUUCUGGUGUUGAACUCUCCAAGCUAUGCCAAUCAGAAGCUGAUGAUAUUCGUCUGACCAUUGAUAGGAGCAGUCAAUUGAAGUUGGUUGAUGUCCAGGGAUGGUCUAUGGAUUUUGCUGCCAAUGAUAGAAUCUCAGAUAAGUUUCCAACUGGCCUCUUUGAGCAUCAAAAUGGAUUAAAAAGGUCUAUACUUGGAAAAUCUCACCAAAGCAGAUAUCUUAGUGAUUGUUGUUUAGAAAAUCUAAAAGCUGGCAAUGAUACCAAUAAACCCCAUGCAUAUGAUGGAUCUUUUGAAUCUCAGUCCUGCAAGAAAAGUAUGAGGCCUAAAAAGCAUCACAGCAGCAAGAGGCGAUCAAUGGGUUCCCGGCUUAAGGAUGACGACUUGUUAAUCUCGGCAAUAAUAAAGAAAAGAAGCUUCAAAUCCAGCAUUAAUGAACGCGGCUCUGAGCCUGGGAAGUUUAAGUUAAAAUCUCUGCAGAAGCGCAAGACUCAGAAAGGUAGUUGCAGGUUGCUUCUGCGGGGCACUGGUAAGGGUGGGAAACAUGUCACAGAUAGGUGGACAUUGAUUGAUAAUAGGACGGUUUUGGCAUUGGUAAUUAGUGCUGGGGCUAUACUUGUAAAGGAAGUAGUUCAAUACCGUGACCCGAAGGAUGAUGCUGUGGCUAAAGAAGGUGUUAUUACAAAGGAUGGGAUUCUUUGUAAUUGUUGCAGUAAGGUGUUUUCUGUCUCUAGGUUUAAAAUCCAUGCAGGUUUUAAUCAGAAUCGUCCUUGUUUGAAUCUAUUUGUGGGGUCUGGUAGGCCAUAUACUCUAUGCCAGCUUCAAGCAUGGUCGGCUGAAUACAAGAUCAGGAAAAGUGGCCCAAGACAUGUGUCAGCUGAUAGGUUUGACAAAAAUGAUGAUUCUUGUGGACUUUGUGGUGAUGGAGGAGAAUUGCUGUGUUGUGAUAACUGUCCUUCUACAUUUCAUCAGUCAUGCUUGUCAGCAGAGGAGCUUCCCGAAGGAAGUUGGUAUUGCCCAAACUGCACUUGUGAGGUAUGUGGAGCUCUAACCAACGAUGCAGGAACCUCAAGUUCUUAUGCUGCACUGAAGUGUUUCCAAUGCGACAAAAAGUAUCAUCAAGGGUGCUUGACAGACAAGAGUAUGAGUAAGCUUGGUGGUGCACCUUGGUUCUGUGGCUCAGAUUGUGAAGAGGUCUUUGGUGGUCUACAAUCUCGUAUUGGCUUGCUGAACAAAAUUACUGAUGACUAUUCCUGGACCCUUCUGAGAUGCAUCCAUGAUGACCAAAAAGUUUCUUCUGCUCAACGUUUCGCGUUAAAGGCUGAAUGCAAUUCUAAGUUAGCUGCUGCUGUUACCAUUAUGGAGGAGUGCUUCCUCUCCAUGAUCGAUCCAAGAACAGGCAUAGAUAUGAUACCACAAGUGGUGUACAAUUGGGGGUCAGAAUUUCCAAGACUAGAUUAUCAUGGAUUUUAUACUGCUGUCUUAGAGAAAGAUGAUGUACUGAUAUCAGUUGCAUCUAUCAGAGUGCAUGGAGUAGCUGUUGCAGAGAUGCCACUCAUCGCAACUUGUAGCAAAUAUCGCCGACAGGGAAUGUGUCGAAGUUUGCUAAAUUCUAUUGAAAAGAUGCUCAUAUCCCUGAAAGUUGAGAAGCUUGUGAUUACUGCAAUUUCUGAUUUAGUAGAAACUUGGACCAUUGGUUUUGGCUUUGUUCCUGUGGAGGAAGAAGAGAAAAGAAGCUUGAACAAAAUCAACUUGAUGGUGUUUCCAGGAACUGUGAUGCUUAAAAAGACACUUUACGUGAAUCAAGCUACAGCUCUACCAAAUGGUGAUUUAGGAGUUGAAGAUUUCUCUGCUGUGGGCAGUGAUGAGUCUUUUAAGGUAGGUAAUUGCUUGGAAGGGAAUCCUGAAACAAAUGCCAUGUAUGGAAAUGCUGGAGACGAUCCUUUUAAUGGAAAUGCAAAUGCACUAGAAGUUAAGCCGGUGAGCUUAUCUGAUAUGGAGACAGGUGAAGCUCAUAGUGCUACUGCUGAUGAAAUGGAUACUGAAAUUUUCAAUGGUUUGGGUUCUUUGGAGCAGGAGGAUAGGCUUACAAAUGUAACAACAGGUUUUAGAAAUGAGGAGGAGGUUUUCCAUGUAUCAGUUGGGUGUGGAAUAGAAACAAAUGAGUUUGAGGAUAGGAAAAUUUUGCAAUUUGGUUUAUUUAGAACGAGUGAAGGUGAUAGCCAGAUGAAAUCCCAAUUUUCUGCCGUGGGGUCAGAGAUUGGACUUGAUAUAGAAGAUCAGAGCAAUCGUUUGCGAGCUGCCAAUGACCAAUAUGUUGUUAGUGCUGUGGAAUGCAUGGAAACACCACCUGCCCAGAACAAGCCUAAUAGCAGAGCUGAAAUAUUAACCGCAGAUAAAUUUUGUGGAUUUCCAAAAUUACUAGAAUAUAUAAAUUUAGACAACUCUCUUUCGAACCAAUUCACAAGGGAGAGUCUAGAUGAUUUUGUCUUCAAAAAAAUGGAAAAAAAUGUAGAACUUCUGCUUGAUGAUGCAACUAAUGCUGAAAGCAUGGUUAUGGAAGCUGAAUCAGUUUUAGAGCUCAGAAAUCAUGUGGGUUGUAAGGGUGGGGAAAGUGAGAUCACCAAUGAUGCAUGUAAAACGAAUCAAAAUGUGCAUUUUAAGUUUGAAAGUUCAGAGACAGUGAAGGGAGAUGAAGGAUCUGCCGAACCCAUGAAAGUUAAUGCUUCAAGUAACAUUUGUGAAUAUGUGGCAACUGAAAUGGUGAAGUUGGAGGCAGAAAAGGAAGAUAAGCAAUCUCCUGGAGGUAUUGAAGUCAGGACUGCAAGUAAUGUGAGAGAAACCAUGACUAUUAAGUCAGAUUAUGUGGAAGUUGCAGAGGAAGAAGAGGAAGGUGCUGUAGGCAUUAAUUGUAGUGAGCAAUCUUCUGGAGCUAUUGAUGUGAGAGAAAGUCUGACUAUUAAGUUGAUGAAUUUAGAGGCUGUGAAGGAAGAUGAAGAAGCUUCUGUAAGCAUAGAUAUAGUAGUAGCGAGUGAUAUGAGUAAUAUUAUGGUAAAUAGAUUGAUGAAUUUAGAUGUCGUGAAUGAAGAAGAGGAAGCUGCAGAAGGCAAGGAAGCAGGGGCUGCAAGAGCCAGUAACACUAGGGAAAACAUGUUGACCAUGGUGGAUUUGGUGACAGUGAAGAAAGAUGAGAAAACUAAGUUGGUGAAUUUAAAAACAGCGAAGGAAGAUGAGAAAACUAAGCUGGUGAAUUUGAAAACAGUGAAGGAGAAUGAUGAGGCGACAAGUAAUCUUACUGAAGGUGUGAUGGUCAAGUUGGCUGAUUCUGAGGCAGACACAGUGAAGGAAGAUGGGACUGACGGUAAAGGUGCUCUAAAUAAUAUGAGCGGAAAUCUGACAUUUAAGUUGGUGAAAUCGGAUGAUUCGGAUCUAGUGAUGGAGGAUGAUGAAGAUACAGAAGGCAUUAAAAUUGGAGCUGCGAGUAUUCUGAGUGAUAAUGUGCCUGUUAAGUUGGCAAGUUUGGAGGUGAUGAAGGAAAUCGAGAACCUUGGGGUCUCAAGUAAUUUGUACGCAUAUGCAACAACAAAGUUGGUUAACAUGGAUUUAUCAAAAGAAAAGUUGGUUAAUGCGGAGGUGGUGAAGGAAGAAGAGGAAGCUGCUGAAGCCAUGGAUUCAGAAGCUGCAAGUAAUGAUAGUGCAAAUAUGAUGACUAUAUUGGUGUAUUCAGAGGCAGUUAAUCAUGUAAAGACCGAUGAAAGCAUGGAAACAAUCACCGCAAAUAACACAAGUGAUGUCGUGACUCCUCAUUUAAUUAACUCAGGGACAAUUCAGGAAGACAGCUAUGAAGCUGCUGUUGAAGCUAUGGAAUUAGGUCCUGAACUCAUUGACCACGAUGAAUUUAGUUUAGGAAAGCGUUCAUCGGAACUGUAUUGUGAAUAUAAUGUAAUCCAAGAGGGGGAAUCUGGUCAAGAAACCCAGUAUGUAAAUGUUGCUGAAAACCAGCUUUCUGUGGUUGAACAAUCUCAGCAAGCUAGUGUUUUACCUCCGUAGUAAUAAUAUCAGUGCAUAUUCUGAAUGUUUCUUGUC